AUGUCUGACGCCAUGCAGCAAGAUGAUGAUGCUGGCAACAAUACCACCAACGCUAAUGGCAAUCAGGACGACCCUGUCUUUGGUCGAGUUCAAGAAGAUGACACCAAUGACAACCAACUCCCUUCGUUCGGUCCCGACGACACCAAUAAUAAUGAUCUCAAUCCAAGCAGCAGCUCUGCUAAUCCUAUACUGCAAUCUCAACCUGCUCAGGCCGAUUUCGACGACAUUUUCGGUGGUGGUGAAGACGACGACGACAUGAGAGAAAACGUAGACUCGCUAGCUGGAUCUGAUUCUGAAGAAGAAGAAAAUCGAGCCCUCAAGAUUCCCAUCAAGAAGAAGGCCGGUGCUGCUCCAGUUCGCAGAAAGAAGAAGGAAAAGUCCACAGAGGAGAAGCAACCUAAAAAGCGGCGAAGAAAGGCUGAUGAUACAUCCAAUGUGCCUCUCACUGAUCGAGAAAUGCGGGACAAGAAAUUUGAAGACCAGUUCCAGGCUGUAAUUGAUAAAAUCAAACCCAAAAAGGCUUCCAAGUCUAAAGAUGCUGAUGGUGAUUCUACAGAGACUUCAUAUGACGCCUUGGCAGAAAAGUUACGUGUACAGAUGCUUGCUGCUGCAAGAAAAGAUGCUGAACUACAUGCGGCAAAGGAAGUCUCGUUGGAAAAGGUCAAGUUCUUGCCUACAGUGCAACGUGCUAUGGCCAGAAAACACUUGUAUGAUACAUUCAUUGACAAUGAGAUAUUGCCUGUCAUGAAGGAAUGGCUGGAACCACUCAGACCUGAUGGCGUAUUGCCUUCAUUGGACAUUCAGCGAUUAUUGAUUGAUGCUCUUUCUCAAAUGUCUGUCACUAUCGAGCAUUUACGAUCAAGUGGCAUCGGUCGAGUCAUCAAAUUUUAUACUCAUCCAUUGACUCGUUGCUCAGAUGAGAUUCGUCGUAAAGCUCAAGUACUAUUAGAUCGAUGGACAAAUCUGGUAUUGGGUCGAUCUAUGAAUUACAGAGAUACAAAUCAACAAGUCAGAGAUGUCAGACAAGAAAGAAUUGCACGACCAGCUGCCAAAGUACUUGUGGACGACGACCGAAUCUAUGCUCAACGACCGCAAGGAGGUCUACCUGCUUUCAAAUAUGUUCCCAAGUUGGUAUUACCCAAAGAUGGUCCCGUGGAACGUGAAAUGCCUGAGCAUUUGAGCAAGCUGUCAAAGAAGCUCAACAAUAUUGGUCGUUCAAAGAAGUAG